AUGGUGGUGUGCUAUGGCUGCUCCUUCACUGCUGAAGCUUUGCUGAUCUUAUGGCAGUUCAUCCGCUUCGGCACGCUGAGGAGCGUGUGGGUUGCCAGAAAGCCUCCUGGAUUCGCCUUCAUCGAGUACGAGGAUGUGCGCGAUGCUGAGGAUGCUGUCCGCAAGCUGGAUGGAGGUCCGCAGGGCUGGCGCGUGGAAUUUUCCCGUAAGGACCGCGGUCCGGGCGGCGGCCGCGGCGGAGGCCGUGACGACUUCCGCGGAGGCGGCGGCGGUGGCGGCGGCGGUGGCGGCGGCAUGCGCAGCGAAAUGAAGUGCUACGAGUGCGGUGAGAUGGGCCACUUCGCGCGCGACUGCCGGGCCCGCGGCGGUGGCGGCGGUGGUGGAGGCGGCGGUGACCGUUAUGGUGACCGGGACGGCGGCCGCCGCGGCCGCAGCCGCUCGCCGGUUCGCCGCGCCGCUAGCCGCUCCCCCGUGCGCCGCCGAUCGCCGUCGUACGACGCGCGGCCGCGCCGCAGCCCCUCCUACGAGCCGCGCGCCCGGAGGAAUGGUGCAACCCAUACCGGGGAGGAUCUUGCUCAGAACGACUAUGUCCCCAUUGUGCGGGGUCCCUUGGACAACAAGUACAUCCUGGGCCUCGUCCUGAAGCAGCGGAAGCAUCUGGUGUUGGCAGGGCUGUCCCUGAUCAUUUGCAGCGCAUGCAAUCUGACGUCCCCUAUCAUUAGCGGCAUACUGUUUGAGAUCCUCACCGGCCGACAGCCCAUUUCCAGGUAUCCAUACUUUCUGGCGGCCAUGGCGACGAUAUACACAGUGGAGCCUCUGCUCACACGAGUCUACAUCACCAAUGUUUGCACUGCUGGAGAGAAGGUGCUGCGGCAGCUGCGCAUGGAGCUGUUCCGGACGCUGCUGAUGCAGCGGGUGGAGUUUUUCGAUCGCCACGCAACCCCCGAGCUGACGGCGCUUCUGUCCUCCGACCUGGACUCGCUGCGAUCCUUCAUCUUCUCAAAUGUCUCACGCGAUCGGGGACUGCGCGCCAUUUUCGAAGCCAUCGGGUCUGUGCUGGUGCUGUUUGUGCUGAGCUGGCGGCUGGGGCCUGUGCUGGCGUUAGUAAUCAUCGCGACAGCUGGCGUGGUGGCGGGCUACAAAAAGCAGACCAAGGCGGUGGAGGCCGCAGCAGGGAACGCCCUCUCGCGCAUGGUCGGCGUUGCUGAUCAGGCCUUCAGGGGGAUCACAACUGUCAGGUCAUUUGCUGGGGAGGGGCUCGAGAGGGAGCGUUUUGGAGAACACGCGAUGGCGUCCUACCACGCCGGAGUGGGGGCUGCGAUUCACGGUUCGCUGGUGGCGUUGUACGGUCUUGGGGGCUACCUGGUGAGCCGGGGGCUGAUGCCUCUGCGCGUGCUGCUGUCGGCAAUCGGCUUCACCUUCUCGCUCGUAUUUGCCACCCAGGGCUGCGUACAAACCUUCUCCGACGCGCAGCGCGCGCUCGUGUCCCUUGCCAGGAUACGAGGGAAGCUGGCAGAGGAGGAGCCGGAUCCCACGAUGGCCGCGGCGCUGCCACCUGGCGUCUGGUGGGCUGCCCACAGCCUGCCGGGCCGGGCAGAGCCCUACGGGCCGCACGCGGGGGAUGCCGCCGUAGACGCGGCGCGCCGGGGGGACCUGCAGCUACGGGACGUGGACUUCUCGUACCCGCUACGGCCCGAGGCCCCAGUGCUGCGCGGUGUCAGCGUGACGCUGCCGCGCGGCAAAGUGACGGCGCUGGUCGGCCACUCGGGUGCGGGAAAAUCCACGGUUGCUGCUUUGAUCUCGCGCUUCUACACGCCAACCUCAGGUGAUGUGCUGCUGGGAGGGCAGAAUGCUGAGAGUUUCAGCCGCGGCGAGUGGGCCAAGGCAGUGGCUCUUGUCUCACAGGAGCCCGUGCUUUUUGCAGGCACGAUAGCGGACAACAUAGCGUACGCGUCAUACGGAUCCUGCUCGCGGGCCGAGGUCGAAGAGGCGGCUCAGGCGGCCAAUGCGGCGGAGUUUAUAGCGCAACUCCCCCAGGGGUAUGACACGCUGGUGGGGGACCGGGGGGCGCUGUUAUCUGGUGGCCAGCGCCAGCGCAUCGCCAUCGCGCGCGCUUUAUUGAAGGAUUCGCCCAUCCUGAUCCUGGACGAGGCAACGAGUGCGCUGGACACUGUGAGUGAGCGGCAGGUUCAGGCCGCCAUCGAUCGCCUCAUGGCUGGCCGCACCGUGUUAGUCAUCGCGCACCGCCUCUCCACCAUCCAGGCUGCGGAGCAGAUAGUGGUGCUGGACGGAGGGCGCGUUGCAGAGACAGGUACCCACACACAGCUGACUCAGCGCGGGGGUCUUUACGCCAAGCUGGUCUCCACUCAGUCAUUAUCGCUCAGCAAUGUUUAGGAGCUUUUAUGUGCGUGCCAUCAGUUGGUAUUUGUGCGAUACAUUGCGCCAAUGGGUUUGCUGCUGCUCCGCCGAUCCUUUUUAGAAUGAUGCUGUGAAGAGCUUUACAAGCACUACCAGUAGCACUGGCUGCUUGUGCGCUCCAGUGUUGUCGGCCAAUUAGUGCAAUAUGAUGCAGUUCAUUGGACUCAAGUAGUCACUCGGUUCAUAAUUGUGUUCCGAUUGCACAGACACUCGCUCAUAAAAUGAGUUGGGGGAAGGUACAGAUACUGAGCAUCAGGUUCACAAUUGAUUGGGUCUGCCUGUAUCUGGCAAGCCCAACAAGUGGUAGGGUUUUGGCAGCCUCUACAUGCAGCUUUUCUGCAGAUGCACCUUGCCGUUUGCAGUAAGCGUUUGUAAAAUAUUGAUAAU